AUGAUGGCGUUGUGUCUCAAGCAAGUCUUCAACAAGGACAAAACAUUUCGUCCCCGAAAGAAGUUUGAGCCGGGCACCCAGCGCUUUGAGCUGUACAAGAAAGCCCAGGCCUCCCUCAAGUCCGGGUUGGACCUGAAGUCUGUGGUGCAGCUGCCUCCUGGUGAGAGCAUCAAUGACUGGAUCGCCGUGCACGUGGUGGACUUCUUCAACCGCAUCAACCUCAUCUAUGGCACCAUGUCGGAGUACUGCACCGAAAAGAGCUGCCCCAUCAUGUCUGGUGGACUCAAGUACGAGUACAGGUGGCAGGACGAUAGCAAAUACAAGAAGCCAACCAAGCUGUCGGCUCCGCAGUACAUGUGUAUGCUGAUGGACUGGAUUGAGAUGCUCAUUAACAACGAGGACAUCUUCCCCACCAGGAUAGGUGUUCCCUUCCCCAAGCAGUUCCAGCAAGUUUGCACUAAGAUCCUCACCCGCCUCUUCCGUGUCUUUGUCCAUGUCUACAUCCACCACUUUGACAGCAUCAUCAACAUGGGUGCUGAGGCUCACGUCAACACCUGCUACAAGCACUUUUACUACUUCAUCAGGGAGUUCAGCCUCGUCGACCAUCGGGAGCUGGAGCCUUUGAAAGAAAUGACAGAACGAAUUUGCCACUGA